UGGGCCCCACACCCGCAGGUACCACAAGCUCAAACCGAAGUAUGAACAGCGGGUCUCCAUCGAUCUAUGCCUCUUUACUCUUUUGCUCUGAAUGGGAGUAAAAAGAAAGAAAAUUUAAUGAAAAUUAGCCUAACUUGAGAAGAUUCCAGGGGAGCACCCACUAUGCAUAUCAACACACUCUCUCAAAAAGGUCAACAGAGAAGAGAAGAAGAAGAAGAAGAAGAACAUAACAAAGUGCAACGACGACACUACUUUUGUUGAAUCCUCCGCAAGCAAAACCAUGGUCGGAUAUCUUGGAUCUCUAUCAUCAUACCCACCAUUAAUUUCACCUUGUUGUGCUAAUAUAAUGCUCUAGCUAGUACAAACACUUAAGUUUUUAGCUAGCUAGGGUACGGAAGAAGCUGCAGUAGCGAGCUCAAGAAAGUAGAAACCAGAAACCAGAAACCCCUCUCACUCACUCACUCAAAAUUUUGGGGUUGUGGUGCUGGGCAGUGUAGAUCUAGUUAUCUAUCAGAAUUGGGGGCUUGGUUGAUGUAAUUGGUGAUGAAUUUCAUGUGGAACGAUAGACAAGCAGGUAUGCGUUCUUCUUCAUCUUCUUCUUCUUCUCAGCAGAGACAUGCGGCGGCUCUCUCUUACGGGCUUCGCCAGCAAGGUCAUCAAGGGGGGUGGUUGGAUGAGGGUUGCUCCUCGUCUCCUACUGCGACUGGGAACAAUAAUGGGGAAGGUGGGCGAGAGGUGAUUGAGAGAGAGCACAUGUUUGACAAGGUGGUGACUCCGAGCGAUGUGGGGAAGCUGAACCGGUUGGUGAUUCCGAAGCAGCACGCCGAGAAGUAUUUCCCGCUGGACUCGUCGAGCAACGAGAAGGGUCUGCUGUUGAACUUCGAGGACAGGAAUGGGAAGCCAUGGCGGUUUAGGUACUCGUACUGGAACAGUAGCCAAAGCUAUGUGAUGACGAAAGGGUGGAGCCGGUUCGUGAAGGACAAGAAGCUGGAUGCUGGGGAUAUUGUGUCUUUCCACCGCGGCGUGGGUGAAUUGGGGAAAGAUCGUUUGUUUAUUGACUGGAGACGCCGCCCCAAUCCCCAUCAUGAAUUUCACCUCACCGCCGCCAUUCCGCCCCACUUCUCUUUCAACCGCUCGUUUCAUCAUCAUCAUCAGUACCCGGUAGCGGCGGCGCCGGCAGGUUGGAAUUAUCAUCAUGCCAUGUUGGUGCCUCCACCGCCGCCGCCGCCGCCAGGGGGCCACUCUCAUUCACACACUUCAUAUGCCUACAAUAAUUACGCAAUUGGGUGUGGUCCUCCUCCUCCUCCUCCUCCUAACUAUCCCACCUUCAAUUCCCAAUUCCUAAACGGAAACCCUUGCCCGCCAGCCUCAGCAAUUUAUUAUCACAGAUCGGGAACCGAAGACGCCGCUCCGGCUCCGGCUCCCAGCGGCGGCGGGGCUAUGGUUUUGGACUCGGUACCGGUGGUCCAAGGCAAGGCUGCCGCAGCAAAGCGACUGAGGCUGUUCGGCGUGAACAUGGAGUGCGCCAUUCCCGAAUCCGACGACUUCUGCGACCACCGUACCUCUUCCCCCGCCGCCUUAAUCCCAUCUUCAUAUCACCUCUCGUCUUCCUCUUAUGGAGAUGGACCAUCUGAUCAAGAUUCGCCUGUUGACAAAGCCAAAACAUCAUCCUCCAUGUCCUUGGAUUUGGAUAUCUGAGCUAUCAAUAAAUCAUAUCCCAUGGAGGGAGGCCGCCGGCGAAACAACGGAAGGAAGGAUUCCUAUUCCGAUCCGAUCCUUUUGCUAAAAUACUAAGAUCGAUUCAGGUUAUUAUUAUUAUUAUUAAAAAAACAAAAAUUUGUGUAUAACACUCCGCAAUAGAGAUCAUAUGAUGCGAUACAUAAAUAUAUAUAUAAUUACAUAGCAAUGCUAUCAUCAUCAACAUUUUCAAUUCCUACUGUAUUAAGGGCUUGGCCGCCGGAUUAUUCAUGCAUUAUCCUCCGAUCCAUCAAUCUAAUUGUACCAUUCAAUUUCUUCUGAAACCUGUGCUUUUUUAGAAGGUGUACGUAGUUCAUCAUGAAUUGAAUUGAAACAGUGAUGGAAGAAGAAUGAAGUUGGCCUGGCUUUAUCUUUGUUUUGAUCUACUAGGAAGCAUAUAUUGGGUUUGUAGGUUGUUGUUAACGCAGCUGCUGCUUCGUUUGCCACGCCGGCCCUGCCGGUGUUAUUAUGUACGAUGCAGAAGAAGUUGCUUCAGACAUACAGCUUUGCUUUAAAAGGAAAAUUUUUAAAAGAAAAGAGAAAAAAAUGUAGAAAUUGCAGCUAGCAUUGGUGUAUGAAAAUAAUGUGUAUAUAAUAUAUGGUGAAUUGGAGAUGGAUGGGAGCUGAGGGCCAUGCAUUGCAUGGUGUAAAUCGACUAAUUCAGUAGUACUCACUCAUAAGGUAACGUACACACAACGCCAAAUAAGGAUCAGCUAGGAACAUCUAUCAGAUCCUCCUCAAAGUCAUAAACAUAUAUAUCUGCUACUACUGUCCAAAAUGCUACCUGCUACUCUAUAUGCAUGUUUCUGUAUGUGUUUACUGUUCUAUGGCAUACAACAUUCUUAAUUAAUUAUAUUAUUUAGGCUUCAA